UGUGUAACGCAAUUUCUGAGAAAUUGUAUUUUCGGUGACUCACAGAGGAAGCGAUAUCGGAGAUCAACCCUGUUCAAGACUGUCGCUUUUACUUCUUCACAGCAGUAAUGGAUAAAAAGAAACGGGUGCAUCUCUUCAACUGUGACAAAACUUACGAUCUACGCGUGGUAGAAGCUCUGCUUCGUUCUGUCGGAGAAAAGCUUCCCUUCACCAUUACGAUAUCAAAACAUUAUUUCAGUCUCAAAAACAUGUCUGAAAUAUGCGAGAACACCAUCUCUAGACUUACAAUAGAUUUCGCAUUUUUUGUCGUCCAUGCAAACGAAUCUCGGCUGUCAAUCAACGAAAGCGACGUGAACAUAGGAUAUACCAAGGUUUACAGAGCGUUACUAGAGGCCACUGGUGGCAAAGUUGUCGUGGUUAUUGGUGGAGAUAGCAACUACAAGGACGAAGCCGAGGAAAGGCAAAAUGUCUUGUCACGCUGGGCACUGAGGGUAGUAAGUCCACAGCUCAAAGAGGAGUUUCGUGACGGAAGAAAAAGCCUUGUGUUUUCUUGGAACCAAAAGCACAGAUCAAUCCACGAGGAAGCACUGCUGCAUUUCUUUGAUCCGAGCAAAGCAGGAUCCAAAUUUGUUCCUCAGUUGGGGAUGGCAGCGAGACCAAAAUCAGAUACAGCUUCGGCGUCUGUUGAAGAAUCGUUUGCCGAACUAGAAAUCGAUGGACGUCGGAGACAAGAAGAAAUCGCGAGCACAACGGCUGCAAAACCACGCGGAACUGCAGAUUUAAUGAUCCUCUGUAGUGACGAGGCUACCGCCACAGUUGUCAGCCACAUGUACUCUCUACCGAGCAUGCGUCCCCCUCCGGAUGUGUGUAUUGGAAGCCCAACAGAGCUGAAGCUGCAUCUGCAAGUACAAUCGGUAACAAUGUGUGCUCUUGGACUGUUGGCGAGUGAUCUGAAAGAGGCUACCCUGAGAAACAACUGGGAGAGGUCAGCUAUCGCAGAUCUGUUGAUGGAGGCUCAAAAAGUAGCAGAAAAAAGAGUUAUCGUCAUUAUUUGCUCAGACAGAAAUUUGAAAGAAUUGGCAUUAUCACAGAGUGAAGAAAUCGAUAUCACCAACAAAGUAGAGUUGAUUCUUAAGCAAAAAGGCGUCAUUCUUUGGUGGAGAGGAAAAAUUCGGGAGAAUGAAUCCAGUGCCAGUGAUGCUGCUACGCCUGAAUGGCAGUACGUUUCAUUUCCAGCAAUGGAUCCGAACGGAGAUCAACAAAGCGACACCCCCAAGAAGGCACUGAUGCUGAAGACAGUCAUCCGUUAUGGCGCCAUCUCAUAUAAAGAAAGUGAUGUGGUGGAGAGGAAAGAGGGCUGGGAACCACCAUCUCAAUUAGCGUCAGAUUUGCUUCAGAAAUGGAAGGAUGUGCCCAGAGCUAAAUUGGAGAUCCAUUCUGAGAAAGACCCUGGCCAUUUGCACGUGGUCGUCAGAGAUUCCUUAGCCUCCGGGUUGAUGGGUUACGUGAAAUCGUUCAGCGCAUGAAAGCCUUCUUGUGAUAAAGGCGGUGAAAUAACGUACCGUUAACUACCUUGCUUGGACAGGCGCACAGAAGUUCGCAAGUUGAAGAAGUACUGAAGUUUGACGUUUUAAAGUGAACAUAUAUAUACAAUUAUAUUGCUGUCGCAGUAUAUAGCUUAUAAUCACCUUUAAGUUAAGUAGACACGUGUAAAAUCACAGGUAAAAACUAAAACAGAGAACCGGUCAAGCUGUAUAGACUGCAUGCUUAAUACUGAAAAAGAAAUCAGUUUCGAAAGUAAAUGAACUCGACUGUCGACAAACUCCUGAACAGAAUAAACUCAGAGAGCAGUAGUUAACUCCAGCUAUUGGACCAACAACUAAAUGAAGCCUCGUGCUCUCGUUUGCCGACAAAAUUAUUGAAAAGUAUACAGGAGGAGAUUUUAACAUAAGGGGGAGUAGGGGGGCGGGGGGGGGGGGCUUAUUAUUAGUUAAGACGCUGGAUUUGUAGUACGAAGGUCCGGGUUUCAAAUCCUCCUCCCUGCCACUAGAUGGAUUUGUGUUUGGUAGUCCCAAAUUCAACUCGUCCACGUCUUGUAAAUAGCCAACUGGUCGGCCUCCAACCAGUUGUGAUUUUAACAAGUUUUCAUUUCUAUUUACAGUGCCUGUUUCUCGAUUUAAUGUGUUCCUUAUUAGCACAGCAGUGCUUAAUACCAUGA